GGAUGUAGUACGUUGUUAGAUUGAGUUAGAUGGCGCGUUUCUUCGAUUAGGUCAACAAACUGAAAAUAGCGAGAUUAAUUGUUUAAAACGGCUGACCUUUGCAAAGAAGAUGCUCUUGUCUACUCACUCUCAGACGGUAGAUGACAACUAUGUUCUUGUAGCCAGUCUGGAUAAUGUCAGGAAUCUGUCAAACAUCUUGAAAGCCAUCACAUUUAAAGAUCACGCCAUCUUCAAUGCCACACCAAAUGGCUUGAAAGUCACAGUGGAGGACUCCAAAUGUCUGCAAGCCAAUGCGUUCAUUCAGGCAGAGAUCUUUCAAGAGUUUACCAUCAAAGAGGACUCGGUGGGUUUUCAGAUUAACCUGACUGUUCUCCUGGACUGUCUUACCAUCUUUGGCGGAAGCACUGUAGCAGGAGUGACUACUGCCUUGAGAAUGUGCUACAACGGCUAUGGCUACCCGCUGACUCUGUUUUUAGAGGAGGGUGGUGUUGUCACGGUGUGCAAGAUCAACACCCAGGAGCCAGAGGAGCCUAUUGACUUUGAGUUUUGUAGCACCAACGUAACCAAUAAAGUAAUCCUGCAGUCGGAGAGUCUGAAGGAAGCCUUUUCUGAGCUGGACAUGACUAGCGAGGUGCUGCAGAUCACCAUGUCUCCAAGCCAGCCCUACUUCAGAUUGUCUACAUUUGGGAAUUCUGGUAACGCCCAUUAUGACUAUCCCAAGGACUCUGACAUGAUGGAGCUUUUCCAGUGUUCAAAGACACAGACAAAUAGGUACAGGAUGUCCCUUCUGAAGCCAUCCACUAAGGCCCUAGCUCUGUCCUGUAAGGUCUCAGUGAGGACAGACAGCAGGGGGUUCCUUUCUCUACAGUACCUGGUCAGGAACGAUGACGGACAGAUCUGCUUCGUAGAAUAUUACUGUUGCCCGGAUGAGGAGGCUGAAGAAGAGUAUUGAGAAAAGUAAAAAAAGAUAAUGAUUUCUGCUAUUAUACUAAAGAAAUGCUUUAUUUAACUUGACCCUAUUAUAUGGGGGGUUUCUAAUGACUUGAUCAUUUGUAAAUAGUGUUUGUUUGUAUACAAUUAUUUUAAUUAAAGUGCUAACAUUGAACAAU